UGUCUAGAGUCUCCGAGACUUGUCCUUUCUAGAAGUCAUUCGCUUGGGCCCUAGACACACAGCCAGUGAGCCUUGCUGAUUGUGCUCACACAUCAGCUGUAGCCAAGUUCUCUAGCUCUGUAGCUCAGCCUGUCAACAGCGGUGCUGAAGCACUGAAUCCAAGUCAGGGCCACGCCAGACCAGCUUUUCCUCAAUACUGAGUUAUAGUAAACCACACUGACAGUCCUUCCGGCCCCCACAUCCUCUGUCCUUUCUCCUGCCUCAGGACCUCUCUGUGUGCUGUGUGGUUUUCCCUCUUUGCCUGCUAACCCUUCCUAAUUGCUAAGUCAUACUGAAAAAACCGUCACCUCUGCGUACGUCUCUGCUCUGACCGCCUACCCAUCGCAAGUCCUUCCUUCCGUCUCUAUCUACGUAGAUUGCUUGUCUCUGCCAGAGCCCUUGCUGCUUUAGCUCAACUGUCUGCUCUCUAGCCUGCGCUGCAUGGUGGCCCAGGCUUGUUAGGUCCUCUCUCCCUCUUGUGUUCCUGACAUCCCUUCCUGCUGUGCCUUCUUGGAUCUGGUCCAGAGCCUACAAGGCCCUGCACAUACAUGGACCCCAGCACUCCCCUCCUGUCCGUGCCUUCUGGGUAGAAAUGGAGUCUGAGAAUCUGCAAGCAGAGUAAGUGACUCAUGCUAAAGCCGGGCAUACAUGUGUCUAUACUGGCUGUCACACCAGCAAGAGUGUUCCCUCCACUUCCUGGCUCCAGAGAUGUAUGAAUGAAGACCCCAUGUACAUUAAGUUCAGCAGCUGCGUGGACACCAAAGGGACGCAGUAUGAGACCAACAGCUUGGACUUCAAAGUCAGGGCUGAUGGGACAGUCUUCGCCACUCGGGAGUUGAAGAUCCCCUCAGAGCAGGUGGCCUUUACCGUAACUGCACGGGAACGCCAGAGCGCUGAGCAAUGGGACGCCAUGGUACGGCUGCUGGUAGCCCAGACAUCAUCGUCAUCGGCACACUCUGAACACAAGAAAGGGAAGACAGUGGCCCUGGACCCCUCUCAGCUCCCGAAGGACACACUGCUGCCAUGGCCUCAACAACACCAGAGCUCCGGAGGGCUGAGGAGGCAGAAGCGUGACUGGGUCAUCCCACCCAUCAACGUUCCCGAGAACUCCCGUGGGCCCUUCCCCCAGCAGCUCGUCAGGAUCAGGUCGGACAAAGACAAUGACAUCCCCAUCCGCUACAGCAUCACGGGGGUAGGCGCCGACCAGCCCCCCAUGGAGGUCUUCAACAUCGACUCCAUGUCUGGCCGGAUGUAUGUUACUCGGCCCAUGGACAGAGAGGAAAGAGCCUCUUACCACCUCCGAGCCCACGCAGUGGAUAUGAACGGUAACAAGGUGGAGAAUCCGAUUGAUCUGUAUAUCUACGUCAUCGACAUGAAUGACAACCGUCCCGAGUUCAUCAACCAGGUCUACAACGGCUCUGUGGAUGAGGGCUCCAAGCCAGGUACAUACGUAAUGACGGUCACCGCCAACGAUGCAGAUGACAGCACCACAGCCAACGGCAUGGUGAGAUACCGGAUUGUCACCCAGACGCCCCAGAGCCCAUCCCAGAACAUGUUCACCAUCAACAGUGAGACAGGGGACAUCGUGACUGUGGCAGCGGGCCUGGACCGAGAGAAAGUCCAGCAGUACACGGUCAUCGUCCAGGCCACUGACAUGGAAGGAAACCUUAAUUAUGGUCUCUCGAACACGGCCACGGCCAUCAUCACGGUGACAGACGUAAAUGACAACCCUCCAGAAUUCACCACCAGCACAUUUGCAGGAGAGGUCCCCGAAAACCGUAUAGAGACAGUAGUGGCCAACCUCACAGUGAUGGACCGAGACCAGCCCCACUCACCCAACUGGAAUGCUGUCUACCGAAUCAUAAGUGGAGACCCCUCCGGGCACUUCAGUGUCCGCACAGACCCUGUGACCAAUGAGGGCAUGGUCACCGUGGUGAAGGCAGUGGACUAUGAGCUGAACCGUGCCUUCAUGCUGACCGUAAUGGUAUCCAACCAGGCGCCCCUGGCCAGCGGGAUCCAGAUGUCCUUCCAGUCCACAGCGGGGGUAACCAUCUCUGUCACCGAUGUCAACGAAGCCCCCUACUUCCCCUCCAACCAUAAACUGAUCCGCCUGGAAGAGGGUGUGCCUGCCGGGACGGCUCUCACCACUUUUUCUGCAGUGGACCCUGACCGGUUCAUGCAGCAAGCCGUGAGGUACUCGAAACUGUCUGAUCCCGCCAACUGGCUGCACAUCAACACAUCCAAUGGGCAGAUCACCACGGCCGCAGUCCUGGACCGAGAGUCCCUCUAUACCAAGAACAAUGUAUAUGAGGCCACCUUCCUGGCUGCUGACAAUGGGAUCCCCCCAGCCAGUGGCACUGGGACCCUGCAGCUCUACCUCAUCGAUAUCAAUGACAACGCACCACAGCUGCUGCCCAAGGAGGCACAGAUCUGCGAGAGGCCUGGCCUCAACGCCAUCAACAUCACCGCAGCCGACGCCGAUAUGGACCCCAACAUCGGCCCUUACGUCUUUGAGUUGCCCUUCAUCCCCACUACGGUGAGGAAGAAUUGGACCAUCACCCGCCUAAAUGGUGACUAUGCCCAGCUCAGUUUGCGCAUUCUGUACCUGGAAGCAGGGGUGUAUGACGUCCCCAUCAUUGUCACGGACUCUGGCAACCCUCCCCUGUCCAACACAUCCGUCAUAAAGGUCAAGGUGUGCCCGUGCGAUGAGAAUGGCGACUGUACCACGGUCGGUGCAGUGGCUGCAGCUGGCCUGGGCACGGGCGCCAUCGUGGCGAUCCUCAUCUGCAUCGUGAUCCUGCUAACCAUGGUCCUGCUGUUCGUUGUGUGGAUGAAGCGGAGGGAAAAGGAGAGACACACGAAGCAGCUGCUCAUCGACCCUGAGGACGACGUGAGGGACAACAUCCUGAAGUACGACGAGGAAGGCGGCGGCGAGGAGGACCAGGACUACGACCUCAGCCAGCUACAACAGCCAGAAGCCAUGGAGCAUGUGCUGAGCAAGGCCCCUGGUGUGCGGCGAGUGGAUGAACGGCCAGUAGGUGCCGAACCCCAGUACCCAGUCAGGCCUGUGGUGCCACACCCAGGAGACAUUGGAGACUUCAUCAAUGAGGGACUCCGAGCUGCUGACAAUGACCCUACCGCACCCCCCUAUGACUCCCUGCUGGUCUUCGACUACGAAGGCAGCGGUUCUACUGCAGGCUCUGUCAGCUCCCUGAACUCCUCCAGCUCCGGGGAUCAAGAUUACGACUACUUGAAUGACUGGGGGCCCCGGUUCAAGAAGUUGGCGGACAUGUAUGGGGGUGGCGAGGAGGACUAACCGACCUCACCACCGUCGUGAGAAGGGCACUAGAGGCUGAGCAGCAGAACUGAGCCAAGGUGCCAGAGCCGUCUGGUGUCGAGAGAUCCCUCCCCGCUGCCGUCCCCGCGCGGAGCUCUGCAGUAUGGACGGACACAGGCCACCGGGCACCCACCAUCGCUGCGGCAUCUCGGUAGUCACAGCCACGUACCGUGAAGGGAGAGCCAGAGGCACAGCCCUAACUUGAAUUUCUUACCACAAAAGCACUGUUAAAACAAAACAAACAAACAAAAAAACAAAACAAAACAAAAGUGCCUUUUGGUACAUGACAGAUUCCCUAACUCAGGAGUGACUGAAAGAGGAGAGACAGCCCGAGACCCCCACUUCUGUCCACCCCGCCCCACAGCCACAGCCCCAUUAGGUACCUUCUGAAGGUGGUGAGCAAUGGGAGACAAUGUCCUUUUUUAUUUUUAAAGCCUUUUAUUAAGAAACAGAAAGUAGGUAACUUAUUUGCAAAAACAGAUCUCAACAGCUUCUGUUAGGCAUAGCCAGCGUCUCCUGGGCCCUUUGGCCUCCCCGAGGCUGUUAGGUGAGGAUCAGGCUUUCCAGCACCAAAAAAGCACUGGGCCAGCCCAACCCCAUCAGCAGAGCCACUUCUGUGUGGACUAGGCCUUCACCUGAAUGUUUGCUCUGCCCCUACACACUGUAAGUAGCUGGGGCAGGUGUGACGCCUGAAGACCUUCCCGGGAGUCCUCACCUCUCCACUUGGCCACUGCCACACCCUCAAGUCCACCAUAAAGCCUCUCUCUGGACCAGCUGUCGCCCCCAAUCCCACCGAAGUCCCCUUUUUGCUUUGGUCUGGGACAGUCCAUUGUCUAAGAAGCUGCAGCAUCCUGCAGAACCCUAGUCCAGCCAUCCACUCUUCAGGAUGAGACCCCGAGGGAUCCCGUUGAAGGCAUAGCAAUCACAAACCCUCCACUCAGCGGACCCCUGAACGCUCUCAACACCCUCCCCAGGCUGUGCAGACGCAGACGCAAAAGGCAGAGCCUGGCCGGACUCCGGCAGCUGCUUGGCCUCCUUGGGCUCGGCUAACCUGAGCUCCCACCUGGUCCCAUGAACUGCUAUGGAUGUGAGGACCUACCAAGAGGCCGGCGAGAUUACCUUGCUGUGCCCCUGUGACCACAGAGGGACCCAUGUUUCUGUUGUUCUCUGGAGCUGGUGGGGCACUUAACCACGGCAGCUUGAGCGUGGGGCGAACUGGGCAGGGUGACCGCUUCUGCAGGACAGCAAAGAGGCCAUGUACAAGAACCUACGGGAGAUGGCAAAGCUUACCUUUUCACUAGAGGGGAAAACAGACCUAGGACGUUCACAUGUCUGGGCCCAAAAGAGCCCUGGGAUGGGGCAGAAAGGCAGGCACCAAUGAAGCAUCCUGUGCUGAGUCUUCCUGGCUUACCCCAUGCUAUAAGAUACUCCCAAGGAAGGGGUUGAAGAGUGCUGAUUGCUUGGGAGACCUUGGUGUCAGAGUCUUCUUGGGGAGACAACAGAAGUCCCGGCAUUGAGGAGAAAUAAGUUUCUUCCAGAUCUCUAACCCAUACCUACAACUGGGGGGUCAGGGAGAUCUCAAAAGGGCUGGGGGUCCCCAGGAGAUCGCAUGCUCCCUUGCCAGGGGUCUCUAAUCCAUGGCUCCCCUUGGCUUCUUUACUCCGUUGCUAGAUCCCCUUUCCCAGACUGCUUUGGCCUCAAAGAUGCACCUGAGUGAACUCACAGGUGCCCAACUCGUGGGUAUGACCCAUUGGAUGUCAGGGUUCUUUCCCAAAUCAAACCCAUGCCCACCUCUGAACUCCUGGACUUGAGCUGGGUUUCUAGCUCACCUGUGUCUCCUCACUCCUCAUACCGCUGUCCUAGGAGGGGGGAUGAACAGGGGCCUCUGUCCCUUCCUGGGUGUCCCCCUGCCUACAGCCAGCAGUGCUCGUGAAGGGGGAUGGGAGGGCUGUCCUAUGCAAAUUGCUCAAAUCGGGUGGUGCUGAGCUUGGCAUGGCCACUGGUGGGAUGGACUGUUGAGGGUUAGGGCUGGGGAGUUGAAAAUGAUUUUUCUGGGUUUGAUUUUAGAAAACCCAAGAAGGUUCUUGGAAGUGUGCAUAUGUUUGGUAGGCACGGGAGGCAAGAACUCUCCUGAAAUCCCAAGGCUUUCUUAGAAGCCUAGGACGGGAGGUACCAAACCCAUCAGUUACCUGGAGGCAUGUCUCACCUGCCUCCACCUCCUUCUCCCUACCCUCCAAGGCCUCUGUCACUGCCAGGCCCCUGCAGGAGCUUGUCCCUUUCACCCUACACCCCAGUGAGCCCCUAGGGCUAGAGGAAGAUAGGGUUCUACACACACCCCCAGACCCAUCUUGGAACUCCGUUCCCAGGCCAACAAGUUAGCAUUAGCCAAGCAUACAGUCAGUGUCAAAUGUUUCUCUUCUGUAGCUUGUAGAUACAAUGCGUCUAUGGUCAGGGCCCAGCCAACCUAGGCUGGUGGCCAGCUCCGUGCAGUGUGAGGAUGUGGUUUGGUUCCUUUAAGGAGAAACCUAUACCACUGAGUGGCUUGGAAGAACAACACCUGGCCACGGUCAGCCUCGGUCACACCUGACUCCCCGGCCGGCAGCUUUUCUCUCUCAUGUCUUUCAGCACAUCCAAAAUGCUGGGUCUCCUGCCACCAAAAUGUCAGAGUAAUGGCCAACAUCAGGCCCUCAGAGAUGCCUCAGUUUCCCCAUAGUGAGUAUGUGGUCCAUUGAGACGACACCUCUGUGCUCUCUAAGGUAAACAGGAGGGGAAGUCUCUAUUUCCACCCACACCGAAAGGCAAAACCAAAAACCCACAGCAGAAUCUCCCUGCACAGAGCACCGGGUGUGGUAGUGCAUAGACCACAUACCUAGCAGGCUCUACCACACCAGUCAGCCGGUGGAAACCACCUCCGUGUACACCGGGGACGCAUCUUGCUUUUCCUUCCUCUCCUGUUUUCCAUUGAUUUAUUUUCUGCAUGUUUAUUUUUGAAAAUGGACAAAUGUGUAGCAGCCCGCAUGACCGUGGUUGUUUCGGGAAAGAUACCGGAGUAUGAUGUGCUCACACUGCAGCUCUGAGCGCCAUGCGGUGAGACAGACGUUCCGACUUUUUUUGUAAUCGUCAACAGCACAAAUAUUUUGUAUUGUCGUUUGUAUCAUUUUGUACCGAAAAAGAAAAAAGAAAAAAAAAAACAAAACAAGAACAAAAAGGGAAGAGAGUUGAUGUUUUUCGAUGUGUUUUUAGUGCCAGGCAGUCUUGGUUCCGGAGGGAACGCAGCUUUGCGGAAUUGUCGUGUCCAGGAGUGGAGUCGGGCGUUAGCACGCUGCUCCAAAGGAGGAAAUAAAGUCCCCUUUGAAGUA